AUGGAACAAACAGCAGCAGAUCUGAACAACGAGCCUGUGCUCGACCCGACUAUCGUUUCAAUCAGUAACCAUGGCCAAACACCACGCCGGAGGCCAGUCCCAGCCAGAAUCAGUGCUUGGGAUCCAGCCUUAGGAAAGCCCGAGAAGAAACCUCUUUUCGCGGUCAGUGAUCUAGCGGCCGUCGCAUUCUCUUUGAUUUCCUACCUUCUUGGGGUUGUUACCAUUAUACCUGAUUGGAGUAUUUCAUGGUCUCUGCAAUAUUCGGGUCAAAUCGUUGUCAUUGGUUUGAUCCUAGGCAUCAUGGGUCAAUGCAUGCGUACAGUCCUUCCAUAUGCCUUUGUCCUCUUGGAAGCCCGCUUUGGCAAAUCAAGGUUACAAAACUACGAAGCACUAUUGACAGGCAGGGCGUUUUUGUCCACGACCAGCCUAGGGUGGAGACUCGCAUUGAUCAUUGUCGUUGCCAUCCCUUUAGGACUCUCGGCGGCAUACAAACGAUUCUUAGGGGGCACCAGUAGCGCAGAGGUCAGCGUGAGUCUUCUGAGACCUGAGUUUGGGGUCUCUUUCCCGCGGCUUGGAACCUGGGCACCGCCUGCUGACUCUGUCUAUUUGUCCAUCUCAUCGAUGAGCGCCUUUCUCACCGCCGCUCAAUAUGACCCUCAGCCUUACCCUACGGAGGACAAAUUUCCAGUGGCAUAUGGAUAUAACACACUGCUACUCAGCAACACAUCCGCAGCUAUCCUGGACGUUCCUAUCACUACCACCUUGCUCGAUCUACAGAAACGAACGCAUAAUGGUGAAGUUUGGCACAUUAGUGCAACGGUCAACGCCUACCUGGCAGUCCAAGAUCUGUCGAGUGAUUUCCGGACCAACGACACGACUUGGAGUGAUUUUGUAGAAGGUUCAAUCGACCACAACGGUAUAGUAACGGGCGGUCUCCGCACGAUUUAUCUCUACGCUGGCCUGCGCGAUCGCCUGGGCAUGCUGCCGUGUCGCAACAACUCGGAAUUUUUCUACGGCAUCUACACCAAGUCAUCUGAUUGGGGUGGCAUGACAUCUUACCACGACUUGGAUGAUGAAGACAUUGCGCGUUUCAGGCGGACAGCGAACAAGUAUAGCUUGAGCCGAACCACAUGCUCAGCCCGUUGGCAUGUGAAUGAAACAAUGAUUAUUCUUGUCAGUGGCGAGUGCGAUCCGAAUCCCAUUGCCGACUCUUCGAUUCUAUCUGGAUCGAACAUGGGAGUUAUAGACUACGACGCGCUGCCUUUUGGGCAACAUUAUUUUCACCAUAUGGCACCAAACACUGGAUCGACGCAGAUGGACUGGUUGAACGCCACAUAUGUUAUGUCGGUGGCUACGAUGUACUGGGCGAGAGCAUUAUACAUGCUUGAUGAUGGCCAGAGCUUUAAGGACUCGCACUAUGCUGGAACCUACACUCCUACGACGCCAAAUUUGUCUCGAUUCGGCCUACGCUGA